CCAUAGAUGUGUUUAUUUGCCUGAUGGUUCAGAUAUUAAUUUUAUUGACGCUACAUUUGUUUGCAGGGGAAUUAGGGAAAUGGUGCUGAUAUUUAAAACGAAGCCACUGCUGAAUACCAUGGUGACAUAUGCCAUAGUAUGGACGGCCUCUGAUAUAAAUGAGCAAAAACUGAUUUGUCGAAAACAGAAACUUGAUCCUUGGAAAACUCUUAGAAUGGGAAUUGUAGCAACAUUUGUUGUUGCACCUCAAGUCUUCACUUGGCUGAGAGUUGCAGAGAAACUGUUUCCCGGAAAGACUUUGCGGAUUGUUAUUAAGAAGGUCAUUUCCGAGCAGAUUCUGUUCACACCAGCAGCCAUUUUGUGUUUCUAUGCAGCUACCAGUGUGUUGGAAAGAAAAGACCCUGUGAAGGAGAUCAAGGAGAAAUCUUUAAAGACGUAUGGAACUGGUUUAAUGUGGUGGCCAUUUGUCCAGUCGGUCAACUUCCGGUUUGUGCCACAUCAGUACAAGCCAGUGUUUGUAGCUGGGGCCUCAUUCAUCUGGAGUAACUUUCUGUCCUUCAUGAAAGAAGAUCAUAUACAUCAGCAUUCCUGAAGGAAACAUGGUCUAUGUUCAGCCAGCCAGUUUUCGUUAAACAUUUUCAAACUGUUUUGACUUGUUCCCAAAGUGGUCAUUAGGUUUAAUGUACAGCAUAAAUAUUAGUCUAGCAAGCACUAGGGACAAACGGCUGGCUGAAUGUACUGUGAGCAAGGGAAAUAUCUAUGUGAUUUGGUGUAACUGAAAACAUGAGAAUGUGAGAUUUCUGAGGGUUUUAGUGCAAUUGGGUAAACAAGACUGUGUGUGUUUAUGUUGUGAAGUUUUUAUAAUUUAUUGAUGUAGAUAUUUUUAACAAUAGUUGUUUAGAAUGUCUUUGAUUAUCAUUGGGGUUUUUUCUUCUUUUUUAAAUCAUCCACAGAUCUCGAACUUAGCCUCGUUGUUUAAACCUGGUAGUCUGCUGGGCUACUAAAUGUUUUGGCAUGUCCAGUCACUCCACAAUCAACAAGAAGUUUAAUUCAUCGGUGUCAAAAUUCCACAUUCGAGUGUGCGCUCAACUGCCAGCAGUUGCUGUAAUUGUUAAUUGCUCCCCUAGUCAUGGAGUCAGGCGCAUGCGCAGGGGGGUUUUGGGGGGUCAAAACACACACACACACACACCCCGCUCAAGGCAAAUUCUUUUUCCAUAUCCCGAUUUUUAAUGUAAUUUUGUUUCCAAAAAAAUGUGGUCAGAAAGCAGCUCGGCUAGCCGGCAGAAAACACCUCAGAAUAGCCCUAGAAGGGGUAAAUUUUCGGGGGGAGGGCCCCCCAGAUCACCCGCCACGGGGCUCGCGGUGUCAGGCUUCGCAAGACACCUCGUACCCCCCCCCCCUGCAAAAUUUCCUGCGCACGCCCCUGGGAGUUUUCUUCAUUUGGAUCAUGGGUUAUCUAUUCGUAGUCGUUUAUGACAAUCAACAACUCAGCCCUUUGUUAUGACGCCUACUUAUAACUAACGCCUGGUAUGAUCAAGACUAUUUGCUGCAAUCACGGUUUGUUUCCUUCUUGGCUACCAAUGCAAAUUGUCAUAUUAUUGUUUACAAAAUUAAUACCGUAUCUAUUAUUAUGUUAAAGAAAUGUAUAAAUUGACGAAUAUUUUCAAUGUUAAAAAUAUUAAUCUUUCUUACAAAUUAUUUUUAAUUAUAUCUCUCUCAUCAUUUACUAUAGCUUUGCAUGCUAAUCUCGCUCAAACUGACAUCUAACCUUGUUACGUGAUAACACAAACACAGACAUGGUGAUCCCCUGCUUAUGGCAUUUACAAGUCUAUUGCCAUCAGUAAAAACUUCUACUGUUGUGGAAUAAAGGCAAGUUUUGUUAAGAUUCUUAGUGACACCUUUCAAAGAUAGGUUCAGCCAUUUUAAGUAUUUAAAUAUGCGAUAUCAAAUCUUCAGAAUCGUAUGAUUAGCAGACUGUUCUACAUGUGAAAAUGUUUUUAAAAUAUUUUGUAAUGAGAUUAGCCCUUAAAAAUAAUAAUAUAGCAAUAAUUAAAAAAAAUAAAAAAAAUUCUGGAAUCGUACCAAAGAAGUUAACAUAAGUAGAAUAGGUUGAUUUUUUGGUGGUGGUUGUUAGAUUGGGUUUUUUUAAUAUUCAUACCAUAUUUACUCCACAUUUGAGGCCAUCCCUAAAAUUAUAUUUUGUUUUGUCCAUUUCCAACCAGUAGUUUCAAAUGUGGGUAGGUAGGUAGGGUAUUAUUAUUAAAUUUUUUAAUGUUUUUUUUGUUUUGCUCCAUACAUAUGUUGGCAAGAAUAAAAUAAGUCAUUUGCAUAUAAUGCCACAUAUGAGUUGUUUCAUUCUAUCACAUAUUAAUGUUGUAGUUUUCAAUAUUUCUGGAUAUCACCUUUUUGUUUUUUCCACUAGACAGGUAUAUCUAAAACUCUACUUAUCCAUUAUUUAAUGAUAAAUUUGCAAUACCCCAGGAUUCUUUUUAAUGUUUUAAACAAAAUACUUUAUUGUUCAUUAAGUUAUUAUGAUUAAGGGCUAUAAUGUAGUUUUCACAAGUGUACAUUUCACUGUAUAUUGCUCAUGAUUAAAAAAAAAAAACAUGCCCUAAAACAAUAUGUUUAAAUAAAAAUAAAUGAUUUUGCUUUUUUCUCCUUUAUUUUUUUUUUUUAUUAAAGUUAUGGGCUGCCAAUUUUUACUCAGGGCUACUAGAUUCUAUAACCUACCAGGCUACCACUGAAAAAACUUAAGGUCAAGGCCUGAUCCAUGUAGGUGCAAGACUGAAACUGGCUGCUGCUUAUAUUAUAAUUUUCAGUUGCAUUUUUCUUGAUUGUUUUGCAACUGCAGGAUUCAUGAUGCAGUGAUUCUGCCGAUGACAGUGAUUCCAUGUUUAGAAUAUUAAGCUGAACAUGAUGUCUAGUAAUACAAUAUAGAUUGAGAUUUUGUUUUAAUUCCAGUAAUGGUACAUUAGGGAACAUUUUGUUCAGUAUCGCGUCACGAUUCGCUAUGUAUGUUUCAGAGAUUGCUGAACAAUUCUGUAACAGUAAAUACUAGUUGCUAAUCAAUUUUUAAGCUGAUGGCAAAUGUUCCUCAUCGAAAUUUUGAAAACAAAAUGUUCCCUGUACAACCUUCUAAAGGUGGAUUGUACAAAUAUAUUGGCUUGAUCUAAUGGUGUCCGUAUAGCAUCACUGUGUUCAAAUAACUUUGAUACACAUAACUGUUAUAAUUCUUCAUGUAACUGUGAAACCAGAGGAAACCAAUCUGUUAUAAAUAUUGACCCUCCUUAUUACAUUAGACCGUGUAAACUAUUUUCAGUUUCAUUUUUCAUACUGUUAAGUUACACAUAACUUACAACUUCGUAGUUAAAUUAUAAAUUUUGGCAAAUGUAUAUCUGUAACAGUAACACAGUUCUAAUUCUUCAUAUAUAAUUGUGACUACAAAGAAACCCAAUCCAUUAAACAUAUUGACCAUACUUAUUGCAAUAUUAGGCAGCAUAAAUAUUUUCAGCUGUAUUUUUCAUUCUGUUAAGUUAUACAUACAUGUGUGUACAUGUAACAUGCAACUUCUUGUUUAAAUGUAAGUUUGUAAGUAUUAGAUGAAAUGUGAGUAACAGUGGGUGUCGUAACUGUGAUUUCAUAAAAUCUGACAACUUCUAUACCCAACACUGUUACAUGAUGUACACAACCCAUCGUUGUAAAGGGAGGUCACUCUUAUUAGUUUUGUAAUGAUCCUAAUCGAAGAGGGUGGGACGUAGCCCAGUGGUAAAGUGUUCUCUUGAUGUACGAUCAGUCUGGGAUCGAUCCCCAUCUGUGGGCUCAUUGGCCUGUUUCUCGCUCCAGCCAGUGCA